UUGUUUUUUAUACUCUAAUUAAGUUUAUAUUGCUGAAUUUAGGCCUGUUUUUGUAGCCCAUAAAUAAAUAUUUUCUGUUUGAACCCUUUUCAUGUUCAUCAUAAAAGGAAACGUAUGUCCAUGAUAACUGCAUACAAAAAAAUUUGCAACAGCGAACAGCAAUUAAAAUGUAGAGUAAAUACUAGGAAAAGCUAACAGGGAGAACAAGAAUAACCGGUAUAACUCGUUGGGAAAUUCCUCUGUGGGAGGAACUUUGUACCGUGUCUUACUUUUUAGAGAGACGAGCGUGUUUUUGUGGACAUUCGUUCUGCAUUCAUCACGUCUUUCAAGACCGUCUGCCUGCACGACCUAAACAAAAACAUGGCCUCCACAUUGACUGAAGAGCAAUUUCAGUGCAGCAUCUGUUUGUACAGCUUCAAAAACCCUGUCUCUAUACCAUGUGGGCACAAUUUCUGCCUGGAGUGCAUCAAACGUUAUUGGGAUGUGGCGCAUAAGUCAGAGUGUCCACUGUGCAAAGAAUCCUUCAGAAGUCGCCCUGAACUCAGGGUGAAUUUGGCCUUAAAAGAAAUCACUCUAAGAUUUCAAAGCUCUUCGGAGGAAAUACCAGGAUUCAAACCAGCUCCAACAAACAGACGCAUCAUUCCACUACAGCCAUCCAGGUCUGAAGAAGAGAAGGAGAGCAAUAAGAUCAAGACUCAGAUAAAGAAGACCCAAGAGCAGUAUCAACAGAUGAUCCAGACCCGAAUCAGAAAGACAGAGGAGAUCAAACAGUCAAUGGAGCUGAGCAAAAGAAAUAAACAAAGAGAGAUACAGGCCAGCGUUCAGGCUGCCACAAUGAUGGUAAGUGCCAUUGAGAGAAACCAGGCUUUGCUCAUCGAGGAGAUCGAACGGAAGCAGGAGGUGGCUGAGAAGAGAGCAGAGGAGCUUCUCAAGGAGAUCAGCCAGGAGAUCAUUGAGCUGCAGAAGAGACGCAGUGAGCUGCACCUCCUGGAGCACAUUGAGAACCCAGUUCAACUCCAGCAGAACUUUUUACAUCUGAACGCUCCGAUGUCCGUCAAGCACUGGGCUGACGUCAGAGUCCAGUCGGACAGCUACGUGGGGACUGUGAGGAGAAAUUUCUCCAAACUGGUCGACAUCUGCCAGGAACUGGAGAAGAAACUGUGUGCAGAGGAGGUGAACAAGAUGAAUAAAUUUGCAGUGGAUGUAACUCUGGAUCCUGCUACUGCUGCUGGCUGGGUGGUCCUGUCCCCGGAUAAUAAAAAGGUGAGCAUGAGCUACCAGCAGUGGAGGAACCCGCUACCUGAGGACCCCCGCAGGUUCAACUCCUGCGUCGCUGUGCUGGGAAAACAAAGCUUCACAUCUGGGAAACGUUACUGGGUGGUUCAGGUAGGAUAAAAGGAUCAAAUAAAUAACUGCUGUGAUCAGUGUGAAUAUUAUCCAAAGUGGAACACAACAGCUUUAUUUAGAGUGAGAUUUGGAUUAAAAUACACCAAAGAAAAUUACACAUGAACACACACACACACACAACACCUGUGACUAGGACUGUAUAAUGUAUAUGAUCUAAAUAAGCAGGAAAAUAAAACUCUUCACGCCCCCUGGUGGCUACAUGAUGUUCACUUCUGAUUUUAUAUCUGUUG